AAUGGACCCACAUCAAAUAUGUAAGUAAUUACAAGAAGAGUAUUUUAAAGAGAAUGAUGCUGUAAACAAUUUGAUUUCUAAAAGAGCUGAGAAAUCGUGUGUCUGAGAUGGAGGCCAAGAAUGCUGAAUAUCAAGAUUAAAUUGAAGGAUUGAAAUAAAUAAUUGAAGAAAAAGAUGCCAAAAUUAAACAAUUAGAGGAUACAUUAGCUAAUUUACAAAAUAAACCAAUCAAAAAAACCAUAUAAAAGAAGAAAGAUAAGAAGCCAACUAAAAAGUGAU